AGAAGAUAAGCCUUCAUCCCAAAUCAGAAAGAGUGAUGUUCUCUUUUAGAUAUCAUUUUUUAUGUUCUUAUUUUAAUUUUUGUUGGUGGGGAGAUCCUAACCCUUAUCUGAUGCAUUGAAUGUGGGAGCAAGGAGCUGAAUUGAAUCCAAGCUUUUUUUUUCUUUUUUUUUUUUCUAUAGGUAUCUAUUUUCGGAUCACAGGCCAUUUUGUUUGAGAUAAGAUUGGGUACUAUAAGCACAUCUUUCACUGGGAUUCAAACUUGGUUGCUACAUUAGGAGAGACUAGUCUCUUUCGCUAGAAUAAACUCUUAGUAUUUCCUCUUCUAUUUUCCAGAAUCGCAUGUUGAAGUAGAAGAUAUAUAUAUAUAUAUAUAUAUAUAUAUACCAACCAGUCAUUGUGGAUGAUACUUGAUAGACAUUGUCACAUUGAUCAUGGAUUCAUUCAGUGCAACAACGGAAAGACAGCUAUUGCUUCACAUGAAUGGUGGCAAGGGAGAAAGGAGUUAUGCAAACAACAGCUUGCUACAAAAAAAACUAAUGCUUAAAGCCAAACCCAUACUUGAAGAAACUAUAAUGAAACUGUAUCAUGAUUCUUCUCCAAACUGCAUGAAAGUGGCAGAUUUAGGUUGCUCUGUAGGACCAAAUUCACUUCUUGUGAUAUCAAAUAUUAUUAACAUUGUCGAUACCACAUGCACCAUCUUGAAUUGUGAACCACCCACAUUCCAAUUUUAUCUCAAUGAUUUAUUUGGAAACGAUUUCAAUACCAUCUUCAAGUCACUUCCUGAUUUCCAUACAAGAUUGGUAGAAGAUAAAGGACACAAGUUUGGUUCAUGCUUUAUUAAUGCAACCCCUGGAUCCUUCUAUGGGAGGCUCUUUCCCAGUAAUUCCAUAGACCUAUUUCAUUCCUCCAACAGUCUACACUGGCUUUCUCAGGAUCCAUUAUUGGGGUUGACUAAGGAGGCAGAAUCGCUUUACAAGGGCCAUUGUCACAUAGUUAGCACAAGCCCUCCAGAGGUAUACAAAGCUUACCUUAAGCAGUUUCAACAAGAUUUUAAAUUGUUUCUGAAAUCACGUUCAGAGGAACUUGUGCCUGGAGGAGCAAUGCUCUUGGUGGUUCUCGGCAAUCAUGAAACUCCAAGAAGAACCGGUUGGGAAUUAAUUAGUCUAAUACUCAAUGACAUGUUCUUGGAGGGUUUGAUUGAAGAAGAAAAACUCCUUUAACAUACCAGUGUAUGAACCUACAGUUGAAGAAAUUAGGCAUGUUAUUCAAGAAGAAGGGUCAUUCUUUGUUCAACGACUAGAGAUUUUAAUCUUGCCUUGGGUUGAAGGCAUAAAUGAAGCUGGUGAUGAUUCUUUUCUUGAUGGAAAUAUAAAAGCCGGAUUAAUGGCCAAGCACGUAAGAGCAGCAAUGGAGCCUCUCCUUUCCACAAAGUUUGGUGAAGAAGUUAUAAAUGAAGUAUUCAUCAGGUAUCAAAAGAAAGUUGUGCAACUAAUGGAGGUGGAGAAAUUAGAGUGUG